AGAAAACUGGAUCCCUACCAUCCACCGUGAUAUUGUGAAAAUAUUCCACAAGCUUGUCUUAUUAGACAAUCUAUCGGUGUACUGGAAUUCGGGUUCUGAGUUGUUUUCGGAUCUCCAAGAUAAAGCGGAAAUUCGAACAAAGCUUAAAGCCACUAUACACACCGGAAGAAAUGCUCCAACCGGUUACAAAUACAUCCUUGAACCAAUCUCGUUACAAGCAAAGUUGAAAUUGAAUCAAAAACCAGAAAGUGAUGGAACUAACUGGAAAACUCCAAAGAUUGAUCUCUCUGUUGACAUGAAAACUCUUGCCUUAGCUAUCGGCAAAUUCCAAUACCAGGAUAUCCUGCUGUUUUUAGAGGCACAAGAAAGAUUCAAUCUUGCAACUCAGUACUUGAAGUAUCGACCCAAUUUGAAUGAGUUUAGAGGUCAUUAUAAGGAAUGGUAA